CAGAAUCUUGUUAAAUAUAAGUCUUGCUAUCAUCGCCGCUUUUAGUUGGACAGGAAACCCUCGCUCUUGUAAACACAUACAAACCAAUAGCAAAAUGGCAGAAAGAGGCGGAGGAGAGCGUGGAGCUUUCAGGCGUGGCUUUGGUGGAAGAUCCGACCGUGGCCCAAGAGGAAGGCGUCGUGGCCGCAGAGAGGAAGAAGAGAAAUGGGUGCCCGUAACUAAGCUUGGGCGUUUGGUAAAAACUGGAAAAAUCACGUCCCUUGAGCAAAUAUACCUCCACUCCCUCCCCAUCAAAGAGUACCAAAUCAUCGACCAACUCGUUGGCCCUUCAUUGAAAGAUGAGGUCAUGAAGAUCACUCCAGUCCAGAAACAAACCCGUGCCGGGCAACGUACCCGUUUCAAGGCCUUCGUAGUCGUUGGCGACGGAAAUGGGCACGUCGGCUUGGGAGUUAAGUGUAGCAAAGAAGUCGCAACGGCUAUAAGAGGGGCGAUAAUAUUGGCGAAAUUGUCGGUUAUACCGGUGAGAAGAGGGUAUUGGGGGAAUAAGAUUGGAAAGCCUCACACAGUACCCUGCAAAGUUACUGGGAAAUGUGGGUCUGUCACUGUUAGGAUGGUGCCCGCUCCGAGAGGUGCCGGUAUUGUGGCCGCUAGGGUGCCCAAGAAGGUGCUCCAGUUUGCUGGAAUUGAGGAUGUUUUUACUUCUUCUAGGGGUUCUACUAAGACGCUUGGUAACUUCGUUAAGGCCACCUUUGAGUGUCUAUUGAAAACCUACGGCUUCUUGACUCCUGAUUUCUGGAAGGAGACUCGUUUCACAAGGUCUCCUUUCCAGGAGUAUACUGAUCUGUUGGGAAAGCCAGCGAAGACUCUUGUACUUGAAGAUGCAGAGAGGGUGGAUGUGUGAUGGUGAUUAAGAGGGCUUUAGUGCCUAGGGUAGUAAUAUCAACUUCUUUUUUGCCUAUCAAGACAAUGCCUAUGUUCACUUCUUUGCUUCUUCGGUUGUCAUAAGAAAUUUAAGCUCAAGUUUUGUUUUAAUCAAUCCGGAUUUUAUUCAAAGCUUAUGGUUCAUAUAUGAGUUAUGUCUUGCCUUCUCAGCGUAUGCAUAUUAUGAGAUGAAUUAAACCCACAAAUAACAUUUGCUUAUAAUAAAAGAAAAAGAAGCCCAGUUGAGUAUGGUGCUUGUAAUUCAUUGAUAGCAUCUCCUUCGGAAGGAUCAACAUGCUGAGUUAACAAGUUUUGACAGCUAGUUGCCUAAUGAAAUUGAUAUCUAGUGAUAUAGCUGGUUUGAGCUAGGGUAAAAGGUUUUUGAACUGCCGAAUUUAUAGCUUAUGUUGUUGAGAUAUUUCAAGGCACCUUUUAGUUUUUCUCUCUAAAAUUGCCAUGAAACGUCCGGAUACAACAUAGAUCCAUCUGGUACUUUGGGCCAAACUCAUGAGCUUCACAAAUUAGGCACUCGAUAAAGGUCGCUUUCAAGGGCAUCCAUAAAGCACGACUAAGCAAAAGAGAUUGCAGAUAAAGCAACACGGGGCAAUGACCCAUUUGUCGCAGCAUUUCUUUGGAUAAGGAAAUGGAUAAAGGGGUUACCAACAAUGCUUAUUCCACGACUAACUAAUAAUAUAAUCAACAACUACUCCAGCUUUCUCAUCAAUCACAAGCAAACCUAAAAAGAGUCUGCGCCCCUUGAUACCACAGACGGACAUGGCUUCAAUGAGCAUGACAGCCUCUCUCCUUCCGAGCUCAAGCUCCAGUUUGACUAGACUUCCUUCAAGAGCUGCUCGCAGAGGUGCGAUUGUGGCCAAGGCGACCAGCGCCGACCAAGGAGACAAGGCCAGCUUGGAAAUAAUGAAGCAAGAAGGCAGCAAUGGGAGGAGGGAAUUGAUCUUUGCAGCUGCUGCCGCUGCCGCUUGCUCUGUUGCAAAUGUUGCGAUGGGAGAAGAAGAGCCUAAACGUGGGACGGCUGAAGCUAAGAAAAAAUAUGCUCCUAUUUGUGUCACAAUGCCUACUGCUAGAAUCUGUCGGAACUGAACCUUAAGUUUCUCUGUAUCUAAUGUGGAUUUGUAUGUGAGAUUCAUGUACUGAAUUGUAUGAACACUGGCAUCUCUUUUUUAUUGGAGAAUCCUUAUUUUAUAUAUAUAAAUAUAUUCCUCUCCCUUUUCAA